AUGAGUGGCCUUGGGGACAGCUCAACGGACCCUGCCAACCCUGACUCUCGGAAGAGGAAAGGCUCCCCCUGCGACACAGCCCAGAGCAAUGAAAAGCGGCGACGGGAACAGGAGAACAAAUAUUUAGAGGAGCUGGCAGAGCUGCUGUCUGCAAACAUCGGGGACAUCGACACACUGAGCGUCAAACCUGACAAAUGCAAGAUCCUAAAGAAGACGGUUGAUCAGAUCCAGCAGAUGAAGAGGUUGGAGCAAGACAGAACCACCACUGAUGAUGAAGUCCAGAAGUCUGACAUCUCAUCCAGCAGCCAAGGAGUGAUUGAGAAGGAAUCUCUGGGACCUCUUUUGCUUGAGGCAUUGGACGGCUUCUUCUUCGUUGUGAACCGUGAAGGGAGGAUUGUCUUUGUCUCCGAGAAUGUGACCAGCUACCUGGGUUAUAACCAGGAGGAGCUCAUGAACACCAGUGUCUACAGCAUCCUGCAUGUGGGGGAUCAUGCUGAGUUCGUCAAGAACUUGUUGCCAAAGUCUCUAGUCAAUGGAGUUCCUUGGCCUCAGGAAGCCACCAGGCGCAACAGCCAUACCUUCAGCUGCAGGAUGCUGAUCCGGCCUCCCGACGAGCCGGGCACUGAGAACCAGGAGGCUCGGCAGCGCUACGAGGUGAUGCAGUGCUUCACCGUGUCCCAGCCCAAGUCCUUCAAGGAGGAAGGAGAAGAUUUCCAGUCGUGUCUGAUCUGCAUCGCGAGACGAUUACCUCGGCCCGCGGCCGUUGCCCCUUCCGAGUCCUUCGUGACCAAGCAAGACACCACAGGUAAAAUCAUCUCCAUUGACACCAGUUCCCUGAGAGCCGCUGGCAGGACAGGCUGGGAGGAUUUGGUGCGGAAAUGCAUCUACGCCUUCUUCCAGCCUCAGGGCAGAGAGCCCUCCUAUGCCAAACAGCUCUUUCAAGAAGUGAUGACACGUGGCACGGCCUUCAGCCCCUCGUACCGAUUCACGCUGAGCGAUGGGACAGUGCUCAGUGCCCACACCAAGUGUAAGCUCUGCUACCCCUCCAGCCCAGAGAUGCAGCCUUUCAUCAUGGGCAUCCACGUCAUCGACAGGGAUCACGGCAUGCUCUCGCCCCAGGAGAACACUAACUCUGCAAUGCCCCUUCCCCGUGUCAGCCCCUCACUGAACCCCAGCAUCUCCCCAGGGCAAGGCAUGGCCCUGCCACCCUCCAUCCCUCCCUCCAAUGGCAGCAUGUUGGCCACCAAUGUCAACCAGCAGCCCAGCGCCGGCCUCCACAACAGCAACUCCAACACCAGCCAAACCAGCUUUGGAUGUUCACCUGGGAACCAGAUAGGAGCCAACGUUGCCUUAAGCCAGGGACAAGCCGGUCCCCAGAACAGUAACCACACUUUGAACCUCAAUAGCUCUCCCAUGAAUAGUCCAGGGAUUACCCCACCACAGUUCAUGUCUCCAAGGCAUCGGGUCAGUCCAGGGCUGGUGCCCAGACCCAGAGUGCCUGGCAACCCCUUCUCACCCACCAUGCCCACCAUGCACUCCCCCGUAGGCAUGGCCAACAGCGGCAGUGGCGGUAGCACUGGUGGCACCAGACCCUUUCCCAGCACCUCCAUGAACUCCAUGCAGGGGCUGAGCGAAGGUCCCAGCACUCCGGUGGGUUACUCCACCCCGCCCCCGGUGCUGAGGCAGCUCAGCUCCCAGAGUUCACCCGGCCGCCUCGCCAUGCAGCCCAUGAAAGCAGAGUCCAAGGACAGCAAGGAGAUCGCCUCCAUCCUGAGCGAGAUGAUCCAGUCGGAUGGCGGGUCGGGGGACAGCAAACCUCUGGACCCGGGCGUGCUGCACGCCGGCGACAGGCUCGCGGAGGGGGACAACAAGUAUGUCCUAUUUGUCCAGCUCCUGGCCACCACGGCGGAGCAGCAGCUCCGGCACGCCGAUGCAGACACCAGCUCCAAAGACGUGUUGGCCUGCGCCGGCACCGCUGGCACUUUGGCCUCCAGCAACCCUCCCAGCAGCACCUGCCCCUCCUCCCACAGCUCGCUGACCGAGCGGCACAAGAUUUUGCAUAGACUCCUCCAGGAGGGCAGCCCAUCCGAUAUUACCACCUUGGCCAUGGAGCAUGAGAAGAAGGAGAAUGCCCCGAACCCCACCCCCACGGCUCAGAGCCAGCUGCCGGGAAACCCCGACAUCAAACUGGAGCCGGACGCGCUCAAGAAGAAAGAUGCCAAGGACCACCAGCUCCUGCGCUAUCUGCUGGACAAGGACGAGAAGGAGCUGGCGGCAGCCCCGGCGCUGAGCCUGGACGACGUGAAGGUGAAGGUGGAGAAGACGGAGCAGAUGGAGCCCUGUAACACGGCCCCGGUGCCGCUCGCCAAGCCGCCUGCCACGGAGGAAGUCAAGCUAGAGACACAGGGCCAGUUUGCUGCCGAACUGGAGCAGCUGGACCAGCUCCUGCCCUCGCUGGAGAAGGCGGCUCAGCUGCCUGGCUUGUGCGGACCGGAGAGGAGCGAGGGCGGCGUGGCCGUCAAAGCAGAGAUGCUCCCAGCCCCCCUGCCGCCCAGCGCCGCCGCCAGAGCCCCCGCGGGACUCACCCGUACGUCCUUACUGAAGGUGCUGGCAAUAGAUCACCAGUUUGGACAGCCAGGAAUGGGGGAGCAGAUCCCAUGGACAGAUAACAGCAUGGUAGCCAUGAAUCGAGGCACACUGAAUAAACCUGAAGACCAGUGCAUCACCUCGCAGCUGGAUGAGCUCCUGUGUCCUCCCACCACGCCGGAGGGCCGGAACGACGAGAAAGCCCUGCUCGAGCAGCUUGUCUCCUUCCUCAGUGGCAAAGACGAGACAGAGCUGGCUGAGCUGGAUCGAGCUCUCGGGAUUGACAAACUUGUGCAGGGCGGCGGGCUGGAGGCCCUGACGGAGCGAUUCCAGCCCCAGCAAGCCACCCCACCGCUGAUGAUGGAGCAGAAACCCGGCAUGUACCCCCAGCCUUACUCCUCUGCCUCUCCCACCACCAACCUCCCCGGCGCCUUCCCCGGCAUGGUCAGGCAGAAGCCGUCCUUCGGAGCCGUGCCCGUGCAGGUCCCGCCGCCCCGCGGCGCCUUCCCCACCGCCAUGGCCAUGCAGCCCCGGCAGACGCUCACCAGGCCCCCGACCGCCCCCACCCGCCUGCGCCGGCGGCGGCAGCAGAGGCUGCAGGGGCAGCAGCAGCUGCUCCAUCAAAACCGGCAGGCGAUCCUCAACCAGUUUGCAGCCAGCUCCCCAGUGGGCAUCAACAUGCGGGCGGGGAUGCAGCAGCAGAUCACGCCUCAGCCUCCCCUCAACGCCCAGAUGCUGGCCCAGCGCCAGCGCGAGCUCUACAGCCAGCAGCACCGGCAGCGGCAGCUCAUGCAGCAACGAGCCAUCCUGAUGAGACAGCAAAGCUUCGGCAACAACCUGCCCCCCUCCGCCGGGCUCCCGGUACAGAUCGGAGCCACUCGCUUGCCUCAAGCACCCCCCCAGCAGUUCCCUUAUCCCCCGAACUACGGUACGACCCCGGGAAACCCUCCCACCUCCACCAGUCCCUUCUCGCCGUUGACGUCCAACCCCGAGGCCGCGCUGGCCAACCGCAGCAGCAUGGUGAACAGGGGCAUGAUGGGCGGCGUCGGAGGGCAGUUCGGCACUGGGAUGACCCCGCAGAUGCAGCAGAACAUCUUUCAGUAUUCGGGAUCAGGCAUGGGUCAGCAAAGUGAACCUGCCUUUGCCCCGUCGCUCAGCCCCAGCAGCCCCCUGAUGUCACCCCAGCUCCCGCCGUCGCAGAGCCCCAUGCUGCAGCCGGCGCCUCCCACGCCCGGCUACCAGUCCCCUGACAUGAAGACCUGGCAGCAAGGAGCCAUGGGCAACAGCAACGUAUUCAGCCAAGCAGGGCAGAGCCAGCCAGCACCUGCUCAGCAGGGCAUGUACAACAACAUGAGUAUCACCGUCUCCAUGGCGGGAGGAAACACCAACGUCCAGAACAUGAACCCCAUGACUGGACAGAUGCAGAUGAACUCGCUGCAGAUGCCUGGGAUGAACUCCAUGUGCUCGGAGCAGGUAAAUGACCCGGCGCUGAGACCCACGGGCCUUUACUGCAACCAGCUUUCCUCCACUGACCUUUUGAAAACAGAAGCAGAUGGGGCGCAGGACAAGAAGACAGAAGAGUUCUUCUCUGGGGUGGCUCCAGACUAGAGGAAGUCUCUACAGGUACAACAGGUUCAGGUCUUUGCCGACGUACAGUGUACAGUGAAUCUGGUAGGAGAUCCCUACCUCAAC